CUUUAACUCUUUCACUAAAGUAAAGUAAAUAAUGUCUUCUGUUUUCCUACAGCCACAACAGAAAUACAUCUAAGUUGGAGUCAAAUAAGAUGGUUAAGAAGAUGCUAUGAAAAACUAAUUUGAAAAGUUAUAAAACGGUUAUAUUGAAGUUAGUAAGUGUGAGGCUAGAAAUAUUUUGCUCUGAGAACUGAGAAAGCAAUGGGCUCACUUUCCUUGGUAAAGAUUUGCUUCUUUGCAAUCCUGCAAAUGACAUUUUCGUGUUUUUUGUUCUCCACAUUUUGGCAUUUUAAAAUAUUUAACCAGGAAACAAAUCAAACUUUAAACUCUUCUUCAGAACGUGAGUCAUUUUUGAUACAACAAAAAACUUACCUUAUUCUCCUUUGGACAUGGCGCUUUAAGAACCAGUUCCCAUACGACCAGUGCCCUUAUGACACAUCUGGUUGUUUCUACACAGGGGACCGCAAUUUAUACUCAGAUGCAGAUGCUGUUAUUCUGCAUCACGAUAAUGUACGUAGCUCUAGAGAUUUAUUGCCCAACAAACAAAGACCCACUAAACAAUAUUGGAUUUGGUUCUGUUUAGAGUCUCCAACUCACAGUCCAAAUUUGGCAUUAAUGAAUAACCUCAUCAACCUCACCAUGAGUUAUAGGGCAGACUCAGAUAUCUUCACUAAUUAUGGAUGGCUGGAGAAGCAUGAUUCACAUGAAAAUUUUACAAUUCCUUUAAAAACUAAACUUGUAGCCUGGGCAGUUAGUAACUGGAAUCCAAACUACCGGAGGAGCAAAUACUAUUGGGAGCUUAAGAAAUACAUCCAAAUUGAUAUGUAUGGUAAUGGCAAGAUGCUGCUCCCAAGGGAUAAUUACACAAUGACUCUUUCUACUUACAAAUUUUAUCUUGCAUUUGAGAACAGUAUCCAUGAAGACUAUAUCACUGAAAAACUAUGGAAUAAUUCACUCCAUUCAGGGACUGUGCCAGUGGUAAUGGGACCACCUCGUGCUAACUAUGAACGUUUUGUACCCCCAGAUUCAUUUAUACAUGUAGAUGAUUUUCACAGCCCUAAGGAACUGGCUUCUUAUCUUCUGGAGUUAGAUAAGGAUGAUAAAAGAUACAAGCAAUAUUUCAACUGGAGGUCUAAAUUCAAGCCAGAAGGAAUUACUAAUUAUCUAUUACAAUACUGUAAAGUAUGUAAAGCAUUGAAAGAGGCCCCUGCGUAUAGAACAAUUCCAAGCAUUGAUAAGUGGUUCAAAUAAUGCAAUCAUUAAUGUGGAUUUAUAUUAAAAAGGUUAUUUUUACUUUA